AUGUACUUCCGGAGGUACGUGAAGUCGUGCACCCGUGCCUGUUUGUUCAGCAUCGAACUUGAGAAGUUGCAGCUCACAGCUCUUUAUCUGGAGAACGACCCGGCUGAGUGUCAGAAACAACCCACAUUUCUAAGUUCAAACGGACUUGACAUGGAGUCGGGGGAGAUAUUGCGCCACAUGUUAUCUGGAGCCUUCGCCGGAGUAGUUGUUGAAGCCGCGUUAUACCCUCUGGACACGAUUAAGACACGCUUACAGGUGGCCAAGGGAGGUGUGCGUGUGAGUUGGAAAAGUCUUUACAGGGGCCUCGGGAACAAUCUUCUUGGCGUCGUUCCAGCCAGCGCUAUUUUCUUCGCUGUUUACGAGCCGUUGAAAUAUUCUUUGCUCCGCGAGGGUGACCUCCCAAAAUCUGGGGCGCACUUGCUGGCCGCCUCAUCGGGUGGUUUGGCAGCAUCAUUGAUACGUGUCCCAACGGAAGUGAUUAAGACUAGAAUGCAGGCUGGUCAUUUUAUAGAUGCACGCAGUGCUGCUUGGUGCAUUGUAACAAAAGAAGGUUUUUUAAGUGGGUUGUUUGCUGGUUUUGGGUCCUUUCUUCUUAGGGAUUUGCCAUUCGACGCCAUUGAAUUCACUUCUUACGAAUAUUUGAAGCUUUCUUGGAAAUCCAUUACUAAGGAAAAUGAACUGAAACAACACGAGGCUGCGGUUUUCGGAGCUUUUGCUGGGAUGCUUACUGGCGCCGUCACCACACCACUUGACGUGGUGAAAGCAAGGCUCAUGACACAAGGUGGCCGUAUUAGUAGAACUAGCACUAAAAAGGAGCGAUGCCAAUCGUUUGGGACGUCUCGAUAUAGUGGCAUAUCGGACUGUUUCUCUCGAGUUGUAUCUGAGGAGGGCUGGCGGGCGCUUUUUAAAGGAGUCGGACCUCGGGUGACAUGGAUUGGAGUAGGCGGUGGGAUUUUUUUCUUCACUUUAGAAACAAGUCGACGUUGUCUCGAGCAGAUUUGUAGAUGA